AGAGGCAGAAGUGCAAAGCAUUCAGGGCGAAAUUAGGUCGGAAAACACUGGUAAAUGAUAGCAAGAACUCGAAAAGCGUUGGCGCUAAACGUUUGAGGUAUAGGCACACACCGGAGGUGGGCGGCGAGGGGCGCUCCGAAGACCCGGAGGGACUCGGCGGGAAAGCCGAGAAAGGGGGGCGGCCUCCUAAGGAGGAGGGAAGGGCGGGAAGAGAGGGUGAGGCGGCCUCGCACGUGUAGGAAGGCCGGGCAUGGGGGCUUUCUGCUCUUGGCCCUGAGAAAGCCCUGCCGCUAAGUCCGCUUCUCCAGCGCAGCCCUUCCUGCCGCCGCGAGAAGCCGUGCCCGGGCCCCGAGGACUUACUUCAAGGUAGAAGCCUUCAGGGGAUCUUUUGCGUGGGUAACAAGCUCUCCAUCUACCAUGUUGCCCUGUGGACCAGUUUUGACCUUUGUUCGUUGCCUGGUGCGUAAGAAGAAUGUCAAGGGGGAAGGUCUUGAGGACUCGUUGUGUCGAUGCUUAUCUACGCUGGACCUUAUCGCACUGGGAGUUGGAAGUACCCUUGGCGCUGGUGUCUAUGUCCUUGCUGGAGAAGUUGCCAAAUCUAAUUCUGGACCUAGCAUUGUCAUUUCUUUCCUCAUUGCUGCCCUGGCAUCUGUGAUGGCAGGUCUCUGCUAUGCUGAGUUUGGUGCUCGUGUUCCCAAGACUGGUUCUGCGUAUUUGUAUACUUACGUAGCUGUUGGUGAACUGUGGGCCUUUAUCACUGGUUGGAAUCUCAUUUUAUCCUAUGUUAUAGGUACAUCGAGUGUAGCAAGAGCCUGGAGUGGCACCUUUGAUGAACUUCUUGGAAAGCAGAUUGGUCAUUUCUUCAGAACCUACUUCAAAAUGAAUUACCCUGGUCUGGCAGAGUAUCCUGACUUCUUUGCCGUAUUCCUUAUAUUGCUUUUAUCAGGUCUGUUGUCAUUUGGAGUAAAAGAAUCUGCAUGGGUGAAUAAAAUUUUCACCGCUGUUAACAUCUUGGUCCUUCUCUUCGUUAUGAUUUCUGGUUUUGUGAAAGGAAAUGCUGACAACUGGAGAAUAAGUGAAGAAUAUCUCAUAAACCUUUCUGCAAUAAUGGAGAACUUUUCAUCCUACAAGAAUGUGACAAGUAUAUAUGGGAGUGGUGGCUUUAUUCCAUAUGGUUUCACUGGAACAUUGGCUGGUGCUGCAACCUGUUUUUACGCUUUUGUAGGAUUUGACUGCAUUGCAACAACUGGAGAAGAGGUCAAGAAUCCUCAGAAAGCCAUACCCAUAGGAAUUGUGGUGUCCUUGCUUGUCUGCUUCAUGGCAUAUUUUGGGGUUUCUGCUGCGCUGACUCUUAUGAUGCCAUAUUAUCUGCUAGAUGAGAAAAGUCCUCUGCCAGUAGCAUUUGCAUACGUUGGAUGGGGUCCUGCAAAAUAUGUUGUAGCCGUGGGAUCCCUCUGUGCAUUGUCCACAAGUCUUCUUGGAUCCAUUUUCCCAAUGCCACGUGUAAUCUAUGCUAUGGCGAAGGAUGGGUUGCUUUUCAAAUGUCUAGCUCAAAUCAAUUCCAAAACGAAGACCCCACUAGUUGCUACUCUAUCGUCUGGUGCAGUAGCAGCUAUUAUGGCAUUUCUGUUUGACCUAAAGGCUUUAGUGGAUAUAAUGUCUAUUGGCACACUUCUCGCUUAUUCACUUGUGGCAACCUGUGUGCUCAUUCUUAGGUACCAACCCAGUUUAACCUAUGAGCAACCCAAAUAUUCUCCAGAAAAAGCAGCUUUGGCUGCAUCAGAAAAAGAAUCUGCAGUAAGUGAAUCACAGAUAAAUAUGAUACAGGAUAGUCACUUCAGUCUUCAGACUCUGAUAAAUCCAUCCAGUUUACCUACAGAACAGACUGCAACUACUGUUAACUGUUUAGUAGGUCUGUUAGCUUUCUUGGUUUGUGGCUUGAGUGCUCUCACUACAUAUGGGACUCAUUUCAUUGCUAACUUGGAGCCCUGGAGUACUUGUCUUCUUGCUGCAUUGGUGGUGUCCUUCAUAGUUACCAUUCUCCUCAUCCAAAGGCAGCCUCAGAACCAGCAGAAAGUGGCCUUUAUGGUUCCGUUAUUGCCAUUUUUACCAUCGCUCAGUAUAAUGGUAAAUAUUUAUCUGAUGGUACAAUUAAGUGCAGACACUUGGAUCAGGUUUAGUAUCUGGAUGGCACUUGGCUUCAUAAUUUAUUUUACUUAUGGCAUCAGGCACAGUCUUGAAGGCCAUCACAGCAAUGGAGAUGAAGAUUCUUGUUCAGAAAAUAGUGGGCUGCAAGAAAAGAACCCUCUGGAUGAAGUGGAUGAACCUGAAAAUGCAAAUGAAAGUGAUAAAUUUCUUGCACAUGAAAGGACAAGUGAAUGUUAAUCUACGUAAAUACACAAGUCUUUUAAAGCUUUAAUUGAUAUUUUACUUGUGGACUGAAAUUUCAAAAGCUUUCUGCAAACAAUGUGCCUCUCAAAAGUGUUUACUACAAGGCCUGGCUGAUACUUUGGACAAGCUGCUAAUCCAUCUUCAACAUUUCAGGACUGACAACGUGGAGAUUAAUAUUUAAAUAAAACAAACAAAUGAGAGAAGUACCCUUUGGCAAGCAGAAAUCUGGAUGUAUUGUUUGAACUGACAUACACAGUUGCUGGCAAUCACAAAAGAUAAAGAACUUAAAAACUGCUUGCAAGAAGUUCAGAAUAUUUUACACUGCAUUGUGAACACAAGUGCCUUUCACAUGUCCUCCUUAUCUCUGUUACAUGUUCUGGUGUCCCAAAUAACAAAGAGACUAACUCACUAUUAAAAUACCAGGUACUAUUUUUUUUCUACAGAAAUAACUCUCAUGGGAGGUAAAUUGAAGAUAAGCCUGAAAAAUAUUUGUGAAACAAAUGAUAAAUUGACAGACCUGAUACUUUGCAAAUAGUAGAAGAUCACGUAUUUAUAUAAAAAUAGUAAAUAAGGAAUUGCUUACCCUUACUAAUUAGUAGUCAUGAAGAACUCAAAUAGAAAAGAUCCUUUAAAGGCUUUUAUUCCCUCUAAAUACUGUUCAGGAUUUUCACUUCUGUCUUACACAAAUACUUUUCACUUCAGAGAUGCUCUGUAUAUAAAAUAAUACUCCCAAGAGGGGUUAUGUUGUUUUCUGCAAAAACUUAUCUUCAGAAAAUUAAUGCCAAAAAUCCCUAUCUUCUUUUCAGAUUGAAGGGGAGCUGAAAAAAAAACAAACCCAGGCUUUGGAAAGAAUGCUUUUCAAAAUAGUAUUUCAGUGCUUCACCAAGCCAUAAAAAAUAUGUUAGCACAGCAUUUUUUGUGAGUCAAAUCUACACCUACAAAUCUAUUCAUGUGAGUAGGAUGUCCAAAUGCUAACUUAUGUAAGGAACCAAAUGACUGCAACAGUGCUGUGUGAGCCAUUAUUUUAAAGCUAGUGAAAAUGGACACUGUUCUUUUAAUGUAAAAGUCACAUUAUUUAACAAGGGUACCCAGACACCUUCUCUCAGCAAAUAGUAGGCUUCAUUCAGUCCCUUGAAGAAUUCCACAAUAUGGAAUUAUUUUGCAAGAAAUCAUUUAUAAAAAUAACUUCCCUAACGUACAAGAGAAUUGUUUUAUACUUUGUCAUGGAGCGUUGCAGUCUGAAGCAUAAUAUUGCCAGUAGUAAUCACUGAUAUUAAUCUCCAUUCUUACGUACAAAAAAUUUUAUAUCCUGUGAGAAUGAUGUUGGCUGACAGUGAAAAGCACCUUUUUUAUAAUAGCUGGAAUUUUCAAAAAAAAAAAAAA